CAUACCUCCAAAAUGUCUCUCUACGCCCCGCUGGCUUCGUAUUUGAAGCACUUGAGAAAGCUGCGGGAGCUGAUCCCCGGCGAAGUCUAUAUCGUGCGGUUCAAGAACUCGCUGCGCAACUACAAGACUGACAUAUGGGUCGGGGUGAUCGCCCCCGAGAACUUCGGGCCUGAAAGCCACCGCCAGCGACGGCCCGUCAGCGCACGACCUGACGAGGGCCCUUGGAUCACGCACCUGAAGGACCGCUUUUACUCGGUGUAUCUGCCCGGCCGAAACCUGUUUCGCUGGAUCGGACUGAACGACCUGUUUCUGUUGGAGGAGAAGACACCCAACCUCUUUUCCGCCCUCAGCCGCCAGACGGAGGCGGAGGUUUUCGAGGACCUUCGGAAAAUCGUCCUGAAAGACCCCGGCCUGACCUUCUGGAAGGACAUGAGCAACCAGGAGAUCGGCAUCAAGGGCAAACGUGGCAGAACCGUGGCGCUGGUCCUGCCGGAGGGAUAUGAUGCCAUGAUCGCUGAGCUUAAACUCUCGCAUGCUAGCCUGGCCACUAGCUCCAGCGACGAGGCCAGCACUGCCGGAUCUGAGUCGCGGGACGAAUCACAAGACGUGAAGGAGGCAAAGCCCGAGAAAAAGGAUGCCGCCACCCAAUUGCCCCCGGCUAAGGUGCAGGCCAGAGGGGGUUCCUUUUCGGAGAACCGCCGCUGGAAGCCUGCUGAGUUCCAGAGCGCUUCUGCUUCGAAGGGGAAGGGUGUUCUCAAGGAUAUCUCUCGAUCACCCCAGAACCAGAAUGAUAAGCCGUCUUUCCUUGGUGCUGUUGCUGAAGGGAAGAUCCCCGGGCCCUUUAAUCUCACGGCCAACCAGUUGCUGCUCGACAAGGAGGGCUUCCCUCGGCCCAUAUUCGAGCAGACAAAGAAGUCCAACCCAGCCGGGUCCUCGGCGACUGACGCCAGAACUUCGGCCUUAGGUGAUGGUGUGCCACUCAAGAAGGAGAAGGACGAGAGCAGCAGCACCGAUCUCAAAGCAACUGACAAAGCCACCCCAGAGAACACGUCGGUCUUUGGUCUUACACUGCAAACCGCCCUGGAGCACGUCUACCUCCAGAAGUACGACUCGGCCGAGAUCCUGGCCAUCUUCCACGAGAUCGUGGACAACCAGAACAAGCCCGAGGCAGCCCAGAUCCGGUCCUUUCUCACGACGCGCGAGUUCGCCCCGCGCCUGAUCCAAGUCAACAGCCCUCCUUUGCUAACGGGCCCAGCAAAAGAAGCCAACUCUUCGACAACCACGUACCGCGUCGGCGACCUGUGCGGCACGGGACACAAAUACCAGCUCGAGGGCGUGAGCAACUCGGACAAUCUGUGCAGCCAGAUUCUGUCAUUGGGAAGACUGUACACGCAGGCACGUCGGUUCGGGCUGACUGCGCUGAUCGGUCUUAUUAUCCUGAAGUUGCAGGCGGCCUGGAACUCGUAUCCGGGUUUACAUCAGCUGGAGCCGCUGCUUGAGGUGACUUCUCUGGUUUUCAGUGGAGAGGGUGGACCCGAUGGUGAUGAUAUGCAGUACUGGCUCGUGAGCUUUAUUGCGGAUGCUAAGGAUCUGUUUCUUUUUGAGUGCCCUGCCCGCUUCUGGGAGGUGAUGUGUGGGAACCAGACCUUGAUGAACGCUGUUUUCCAGUUGCGGAAUGAUACACAGCGCAAGGAUCCGGAUAAGUAUGCCGAUUCUCGAGUGCUGAUCCGGAGCCGGGGAGUUGAUCAGUUCUAG